AUGACCAUAGAUAGAUCAGUGACAAUAGGUGUUUUGGCUUUACAAGGUGCAUUCCGAGAGCAUAUUGCAUAUUUCAAACAUCUCAUUGAAUCAAACCCGGACGAAUAUGCAGUGUAUGACUUUGAUAUAAAGGAAGUGAGAACAAAAGAAGAUCUUGAAUUGUGUGACUCAUUGGUUAUUCCUGGCGGAGAAAGCAGUUCCAUGUCUUAUAUUGCCGAAAGAACCGAAUUGUUACCACAUCUUUACAAAUUUGUUUCCGAUGAAUCCAAAUCAGUUUGGGGGACUUGUGCUGGAUUGAUUUUUUUGUCCAAACAAUUAAUCAAUGGUAUUGAGAAUCAACGAGUUUUGGGUGCAUUAGACAUAGAAGUCAGUAGAAAUGCAUUUGGUAGACAGAUUGAUUCAUUUGAGCAAUCGCUCGAUUUCAGUUCAUUUAUACCUGGUUGUACAGAUUUCCCCACGGUGUUUAUUAGGGCACCUGUUGUGACCAAAAUAUUGAAUCAAAAGGAUAGUCUAAAAGAAGGGGUAAUAAGAUCAAACAACUCAUACCAGAAUCAAGCACCCGUCAAAGUAUUAUAUUCAUUGAAAAACUACGAUGGAAAAGAUCACGAAUUGAUAGUAGCCGUACAACAGGGUCAUAUUUUAGGUACUUCAUUUCAUCCAGAGCUAGCUGAGGAUUACAGAUUCCACAAAUGGUUUCUUGAUGAGUUUGUGAUAAAGAAACUGAAACAAUAUAUUGAUAGAAUAAUAUAA